AUGUCUUCUCCAACUCUCGAUACCCUGCAUACUAACGUUGCGCGAUCUUCAAGAGCCUGUGACGCCUGCCGGCUCCGCAAGACGCGUUGUGGUGCGAGCGUGGCAACGGGCGCAUGCACGCGAUGUCGGCGUCUGAAGCUGCAGUGCACAUUCGAAAUUACCCCAGGGAGAAGAGGCCCCAAACGUAAACGUGGAUGUGACGAUGUUGAGCCAGACCCAGACACCUUACGGUACGAGGCUUUACCCCGGUCUCACUCAAGUCUUCGGUCUCUUCGAGACACCACGCCCACCGCAUUUCCUACAGAUGCCAUCUGCCCCCGAACCCUCUUUCGGAUAAUUUUGGAUGACUAUCUUACCUCGAUCUAA